CAUCGCUUCAAAACAACGUUCUUUUCAUGUUGACAAAAAUGGCUGAGCAGACGCCAAAUGGUAAAACAUCACCAAAGUUUGCUAAAAGAACAUUUCCAUGUCCUUAUGAUGAUUGCAAUUCAGUCUUCAAGAAACGUGCUCACUUAAUUAGACACGAAUUAAUUCAUAGUGACGAGAGACCCUACAAAUGCACCUUUUCAAAUUGUGAAAAAGCAUUUCGCUCACCAUGCCAUCUAAAACGUCAUGAGUCAACACAUGAUAAAGAAAAAAUAUUCAAAUGUGACUUUGAGGGUUGCCAAGUUUCAUGCAUAACUGAAUGGAAUUUAAAACGGCAUAUUAAAAGAACACAUUGUGGUUCAUUUGUAUGUGAUAAAUGUGGGGAAGAAUUUAAAAAAAACAAGUCUCUACAACAACAUAUUUCAUUAGAACACAAAUCAGCUGCAAUAUGCUGUGAAUUUCCAGGAUGUUCACAAAUUUUUAAUGUUGCAGCAAAAAUGAGGCAUCAUAUGAAAGUUCAUACCGGAAAAGGUUAUGUAUGUCCAGUUAAAGAUUGUUCAUUGACAUUUAAGUUGUGGUCAGAGUGUCUACAACAUGCAGCUCAGUGUAAGAAAAAGGAAAAGAAAUGUGAUGUUUGUGAGAAGACUUUCACAGAACAUUCAAACUUGAAAGCUCACAUGAAAAUACAUUCUGAAGAAAGAGAAGUCUUCCAGUGUAACUAUGAUGGUUGUGGACGCUUUUACACAAAGCAAUACAACCUGAAAAUUCAUGUACAGAGUUUUCAUCAAAACAUUCGACCGUUUGUGUGUCCAAAAUCAAACUGCAAUAAAUCAUUUCACUUUCAGCAUUUGCUUCGAAAGCAUUUAGACCUACACGCAAAGAAUCAUGAUAGACUUGAAAAGAAGCCCAGCAAACGUAAGCGGGCCAGACGAAUUGUCACAUCUACAAUCUCUGGAAUUUCCGGUUAUAUACCUGAGCUGUGGGAGAAGAUGACACCGGAAGAGGUCCAAGCUUACAUUAAAAACAAUAACGCCUGUUAUGCUGACACCGAUGUUAUCCCACGUGAUACAGAGACGACGCAAGCUGAAAUGACCCCUUUACUGUCCAGUGACACGGAGGGUGCGUCGAAAGAAAAUGCUACCGGUCAGACAUCACACUAUCAAGAUGAUGAAGCGCGCAACUUGAGAGCCGAAGGAAACGACAUGGAAUGUGAAAGGCUUUAUACGUCUGAGGAGACUUUGACGGCGAUUCCAACAGAAUCAGAGCUGACAGACGAAGAUUUUUCUGUCGUGUACCAGCCAUUAAAAUCAUUGGAAGAAGCAUGUUCUUAUUUGAACCAAAUAAAUAACAUCAAGAAACAACAGAAUGCAUGCAGCCCAAUUAUAUCGAGUUCUCCAAAUUCUUCCAGGCCAGCAUCGGCCUGUAGUAUCGAGGACGAGCGGCGAAUAACUCGAUUUGUUGGUGAGCGACUGAAACAGUUGGUUGGACAGCAAAAUCCAAACAUGAUGGAAUCUUGCCACAUGCAGUCGGUUACAGAGUCAGAUUCGUCUGAUAGUGAAACGAAAAAGAAAGCUCAACUUUUGAUGCAGCACUGUGCUUCAUGACGCAAUCUCUCACAUUUUUUAUCUAUAGGCUUAUAUUUUUGUUAUUUUAUGAAAACCUAAUUCCAUAUUAUAUUCAUUUUGUGUGCAUGAGAAAUAGGAAUUUUUAUUCACAAUUUAUCCCGAGUUUAAGUAGAAAUUUUUAAUUUUCGUCGAGUUUUAUAUAUUUAUAUAUGCACGCUUAUGUGUGUCCGUGUGUUUUUAUAAGAAAGUUUAGACUUGUUAGAGUAUUUCAAACUUUCUUAACAAUCUCACAUUUUCUGUGUCUAAACAUUACUUCGUUGCAAAUAUAAAAAACGAAGGUUAGGGCUUAAAAAGGCGUUAUUUUGAAGUAGUUUCGCCGAUUUUAAACACUUUUCUUGCUUAGUAUUGCGUAGGAAAGAAAAAGAAUUUGAAGGAGCUGCGUAAUUUCUAACACCAAAUUUAAUUUUGCACUUACAUAAUUUUGUGUAGGACUUGAUAUAUCCUUUUCAUUUAACAUCGUACAGGGUUGCCCCUCCAGUUUGAAAUGCUACAAAACAGAACGCGUUUAUUUUAUGCUUUAAAACCCUGAAAAAGUGUAAUUUAAAUACCAUCAUUGGCUUGGAUUGUUUUCCAGAUGUAAAUUUUAAUUCUCUUCUGCGAUUUUAAACCACAGAGGCGCAACUUAAAUCGCUUUGCUUUAUUUGUCGAUCACAGUUUUUGUCUAUAGGAAAACUGGAAAAUAGUUUUCAAAAGCAGUAACAACCCUGUACCAAAUUUAUCUGUUUUAUUGUCUUUAUUUUCUUUUUCUUCUUUGUGAGAUGAUUGCAUUGGAGUGUGAGCUGUACAUAUUAUAUGAACGUUUGUUCCGUCAGUUUGUUUCUACAAGAAGACCAUUGGUCAUGAAAUAAAAUUUUGUCAACAAUAA